AUGUGUUUUGACCCAACAGUGACAUGGCUCCUCAUCUUGACCCAUAACCCAGAUAUCUACCUGGUGCCAGCCUUCUCCCCUCAUGUCAUUGUGAGUCACAUCUACCUGGUGCCAGCCUUCUCCCUCAUGGUGAGUCACAUCUACCUGGUGCCAGCCUUCUUGCUCAUUGUGAGUCACAUCUACCUGGUGCCAGCCUUCUCACUCAUUUCAUUGUUGAGUCACAUCUACCUGGUGCCAGCCUUCUCCCUCAUGGAGCCCAAGGCACGAGUGAACCAACUUUGGAACACAGACGAUGUCACACAUAUCAAACUCCAACAGCCAAAGGGUGAUGUGUGCGUGGUGCACUGGUGGCACACUCUAGACGACCAGCAAGUUGCUGUCAUUGGAACUAAGGCCGGAGAGAUUAUAUUUGUGGACUUGUUGCGGAAGAAGACUGUUGCUUCUACUCGUGUUGACACCGCCGUCUUGAAACUUGAUCUAGUGAUGGAUGAUCAACAGAUGGCGACAUCACUACUGAUCACUGCCAGCGGGAACAACCAGUUGAAGCUCCUUCUGGAGAGUCAGCUCCAUGGAUAG